AACUCAUUUUCCUGCAAUGAGAACACCGCAAAGAACACAAAGCUGCUUUUCAACAAUUUGAUCGUCUUAACUCUGGAAGAUCUAAUCGACCAUGAAAAUGAAACUUCCAUAACUAAAGCAUUGCCCACCCUAGCAGACAACCUCUCUUUUUCUCUGAAGAAUAAGCCGAAAAAAUACUUGAACUCUCAGUCGAUUUUCAUGCACUCGUGCAUAGCUGGAGACGGUAUUCUCAAUCCCAAGGGUGCAGUCAAAAGUCCUUAGCUGAAAAGGAGAAAAUUAGAGAUUUGGCGGAGACAUCAGUGAAAGAUGAAGAGAGUCUUAAUGUCAGAUACGAAGAACUCAAAAGAAAGGAACAGGAACUGAGGGCACAAUUGGAAGCAGUGCAGAAAGAGACGGCAGGGAUAGCUGAACAAAGGAAUGAAAAAUCCAAGCAGACCAAACACUUGGUUUCUUUGGCAGAAGAGAAAACAGCUAGUAGUACCAAAGAGAAACACAUGAUGAAAAUAGCCACUACCAAGCUGAACAAUUAGUUGAUCAAUGGACUAAAAUACAAUCUUUCGUUAUCUAGAUUUGCUACUAAAAUUCAGUUAGGUUCCGCAAUGUUUGUCACUUAGUAGUACUAAGAAAGAACCUUCAUUCAAGGUCCACAGCUAUGCAAAUGUUUUCUGCAGCAUGUGUCUGUUUCCUUUUUGUUUUAUUUUUCCAUCUUGAGAGAUUGAAAAUGUAGUUAUAGGUUGUAAGAAAAACAUUUGGCUGAAGGUAUUAUUUUCUGUAUAAUUAAGUGAGUUGAUUACUCUUGAGGUCAUUCAGCUAAUAAAAAAUUAUGCGAGGAAGUCACUUUUCUUUGUUUUGUAACAGAAAA